AUGGAAAUUUCAGCUUUUAAAGAUGAAACAAGAUGGUAUGAAUCGGUUUUAAAUGCUUAAACUUCUCACAUUAAGGCAUUUCAACAUAAUUAUCUUAUGAAUUACAUAUCUCACUUUGACUUUCUAAAACCUUUAUUACUAUAUUACCUGAUUCAUAUUAAUAAUUGA